AUGAAGAACCACACGGCGGUGACAGUAUUCAUUCUUCUCGGACUAACAGAUGACCCACAGCUACAGGCGGUUGUAUUCAUCCUUCUCUUCCUCACAUACAUGCUGAGCGUUACUGGAAACCUGACCAUCAUCACGCUGACGCUUCUGGAUUCUCACCUCAAGACCCCCAUGUAUUUCUUCCUACGGAAUUUCUCAUUUUUAGAAAUUUCAUUCACAACUGUCUGUAUCCCCAAAUUCCUUGUUAGCAUAGCCACUGGGGACAAAACCAUUUCCUAUAAUGACUGCGCAGCACAGCUAUUUUUCACUAUUCUCUUGGGGGCAACUGAAUUUUUCCUCCUGGCUGCUAUGUCCUACGACCGCUACGUGGCCAUUUGCAAACCCCUGCACUACAUGACCAUCAUGAGCAGCAGGGUUUGCAACUUGUUGGUCUUUGUUUCCUGGCUGUCUGGUUUCCUGAUCAUUUUUCCUCCCCUCCUUAUGGGGCUCCAGCUUGAUUUCUGUGCAGACAACACUGUGGACCAUUUCUUCUGUGAUGUCUCUCCCAUACUUCAGCUCUCCUGCACGGACACGCACGUAAUAGAAUUGAUGGUGCUUCUCUCUGCAAUUUUGACACUCUUGGUUACACUGGUGUUAGUGACCCUUUCCUACACAAACAUCAUCAGGACUGUUCUGAAAAUCCCAUCUUCUCAACAGAGAAAGAGAGCCUUCUCCACGUGCUCUUCCCACAUGGUUGUAGUGUCCGUUUCUUACGGCAGCUGCAUCUUCAUGUACGUGAAGCCAUCUGCAAAAGAAAGAGUUGGUUUAAAUAAAGGGAUAGCUCUGCUCAGCACUUCAGUUGCACCCAUGUUGAAUCCCUUCAUCUAUACACUUAGAAACAAACAAGUAAAAGAUGCUUUUAAGAACAUGACAAAAAAGUUGGAGCUUUUCUCAAUGAAGUAA